GAAAAGGCCAAAUCUAUUACAUUGAAUACAAUGACAUUGUUACUCUUGCUUCUUGCACAGGCGCAGUGCAGGACUGCUCCGAGCACGCCUACGCGCGCAUUUUCUCCCCUUCCUCUCCCUCUUUCCACUUUCCUCUCCCAUUUUCUCCUCUCCUUUCCCCCUCCCACCACUUAGUCUUUGAGUCUUUCAGUUAGUUCGUUUAUGUCUCUCCUUCCGACCCCCAGCCCCAGCUCCUCUCCUUUUCCUUUUCCCCCUCCCCCUUUCCUUUUCCGUCUCACGCGCCAGGCCGCUUGCACAUGCGCAUUAGGUACAGAGCCUCGCUCUUUGUCCCCAUCUGUCGUUCACACGAACGCAAGCCUUUGGCAUUCGGCAGCCAAUAGAAUCUAAGAAAUGGCGGAAAAAUGAUUCCGCUCGGGAGAUAAACCUUGAUUAGCAGUUCAGCUAACCAAUCGAGAACGCCACUUUGUACCCCUGGGAGGCACCGAGCUCCGUCGUCUCGUUUCCGGCGGUCGCGCGCUCUUUUCUCGGGACGGGAGAGGCCGUGUAGCGUCGCCGUUACUCCGAGGAGAGACCAGUCGGUAGAGGAGAAGUCGAGGUUAGAGAGAACUGGGAGGCACUUUGCUGUCUUUAAUCGAAGUUGAGGGUGCAAAAAUGCAGAGUAAUAAAACUUUUAACUUGGAGAAGCAAAACCAUACUCCAAGAAAGCAUCAUCAACACCACCACCAGCAGCAGCACCACCAGCAGCAACAGCAGCAACCGCCACCACCACCAAUACCUGCAAAUGGGCAACAGGCCAGCAGCCAAAAUGAAGGCUUGACUAUUGACCUGAAGAAUUUUAGAAAACCAGGAGAGAAGACCUUCACCCAACGAAGCCGUCUUUUUGUGGGAAAUCUUCCUCCCGACAUCACCGAGGAAGAAAUGAGGAAACUAUUUGAGAAAUAUGGAAAGGCAGGCGAAGUCUUCAUUCAUAAGGAUAAAGGAUUUGGCUUUAUCCGCUUGGAAACACGAACCCUAGCGGAGAUUGCCAAAGUGGAGCUGGACAAUAUGCCACUCCGUGGAAAGCAGCUGCGUGUGCGCUUUGCCUGCCAUAGUGCAUCCCUUACAGUUCGAAACCCUUCCUCAGUAUGUGUCAAACGAACGCUGAACACCUCCUUCUGUGUUGGCGCCAGGAUAGAGGGCUGUAGUCAUUGUGGAUAUUCCGAGGAGCUCCCAGAAAAGGCCUUGUUGAGUUCUCAGGGAAGCAGCUGCUCGGAAACGCUUGGACAAUGCAUUAAGCUCCUUCCUCGUAACCACGUAAGAUUCAUUGUGCCAGUGAUAUGUGUAGAGAAGAAGCCUGGUGUGGGGUAUGAUUUAACACUGAACUUCGUUCUUUCUCUUAGAUUUCCUCGUCCUGUGACUGUGGAGCCCAUGGACCAGUUAGAUGAUGAAGAGGGACUUCCAGAGAAGCUGGUUAUAAAAAACCAGCAGUUUCACAAGGAACGAGAGCAGCCACCCAGAUUUGCACAGCCUGGCUCCUUUGAGUAUGAGUAUGCCAUGCGCUGGAAGGCACUCAUUGAGAUGGAGAAGCAGCAGCAGGACCAAGUGGACCGCAACAUCAAGGAGGCUCGUGAGAAGCUGGAGAUGGAGAUGGAGGCUGCACGCCAUGAGCACCAGGUCAUGCUAAUGAGACAGGAUUUGAUGAGGCGCCAAGAAGAACUUCGGAGGAUGGAAGAGCUGCACAACCAAGAGGUGCAAAAACGAAAGCAACUGGAGCUCAGGCAGGAGGAAGAGCGCAGGCGCCGUGAAGAAGAGAUGCGGCGGCAGCAAGAAGAAAUGAUGCGGCGACAGCAGGAAGGAUUCAAGGGAACCUUCCCUGAUGCGAGAGAGCAGGAGAUUCGGAUGGGUCAGAUGGCUAUGGGAGGUGCUAUGGGCAUAAACAACAGAGGUGCCAUGCCCCCUGCUCCUGUGCCAGCUGGUACCCCAGCUCCUCCAGGACCUGCCACUAUGAUGCCGGAUGGAACUUUGGGAUUGACCCCACCAACAACUGAACGCUUUGGUCAGGCUGCUACAAUGGAAGGAAUUGGGGCAAUUGGUGGAACUCCUCCUGCAUUCAACCGUGCAGCUCCUGGAGCUGAAUUUGCUCCAAACAAACGUCGCCGAUACUAAUAAGUUGCAGUGUCUUGUUUCUCAAAACCCUUAAAAGAAGGACCCUUUUUGGACUAGCCAGAAUUCUACCCUGGAAAAGUAUUAGGGAUUCCUUCCAAUAGUUAGAUCUGCCCUGCCUGUACUACUCUAGGGAGUAUGCUGGAGGCAGAGGGCAAGGGAGGGGUGGUAUUAAACAAGUCAAUUCUGUGUGAUAUAUUGUUUAAUCAAUUCUGUGUGGUGCAUUCCUGAAGUCUCAAAUGUGAUUGUUGAGGGCCUGGGGAAACCAUGGCAAAGUGGAUCCAGUUAGAGCCCAUUAAUCUUCAUCAUUCCGUUUUUUUUGUCCAUCUUGUUUCAUUUCCUUGCCCCGCCCCCAAGACGGAGUCUCACUCUGUCACCCAGGCUGGACUGUACUGGCACGAUCUCGGCUCACUGCAGCCUGCCUCCCGGGUUCAAGCUUGUCCAGGCUGAUCUUGAACUCCUGACCUCAUGAUCCAUCCACCUUGGCCUCCCAAAAUGCUGGGAUUACGGGGUGAGCCACAGUGCCCAUCCUCACUUGCUUUCUUAUCCUUACACUCCCCCAGUCCCAGAGUAACUGCCACAUACACCACAAAAACCAAAUACCCCCAAUGAUCUUAGCCCCAUUGCUCCAUUCACUCCCAGGUGAGAAUUCAGGCAAACGUCCACAAAGGUCACAGGCAACGUGCGUACAGUUCUGUUAUAUCCCAUAUAUUACCCCUUCAUGUCCUAAAGAAGACAUUUUCUCUUAGAGAUUUUCAUUUUAGUAUAUCUUUAAAAAGAAAAAUCUUGUGUUAACUUGCCUCCAUCCUUUUCUUGGGUGAGGACACCCAGGAAUGACCCUUUUGUGUCUAUGAUGUUGCUGUUCACAGCUUUUCUUGAUAGGCCUAGUACAAUCUUGGGAACAGGGUUGCUGUAUACUGAAGGUCUGACAGUAGCUCUUAGACUCGCCUAUCUUAGGUAGUCACGCUGUGCAUUUUUUUUCAUUGGUGUACUGUGUUUGAUUUGUCUCUGAUAUAUUUGGAGUUUUUCUGAGAAAUGGAGCAGUAAUGCAGCAUCAACCUAUUAAAAUACAUUUUAAGCCUUUUAA